CCGGGAGGACACGUUCUUCGCUCUCCGUACAAGACGUCUCGGUAUCUCGUUUACUUUGUGUACUUUUUCUCAAUAUUUGCCCCGUUCGAACGACUAUUUGCUCUCUCUCCCUCUCUCCCGCUCAGCACUUGUCGCGUAGUUCGCACGGUAUAUUUUAUUCGCGAUCGAAUUUACGGGGCUAAAUAUAAAUUUUAUAACGGUCCGACACUGCGUUAAAUUCCUCAAGGAAAAGAGAGAGGGAGGGAGAGAUUAAAUAAUAAAUCGUGCGGUGAUUCUUGUACCCGGCAAAGUGUUUCGCGCGUGCAAGAGAAGCGUGAAAAUAUCUAUUUAACGAUCGCCCCGCGAGACCGCGCCGUUACCGACAGAGUGUGCGAUUCGAGAGACGAUCAAUCCUCGGAUUUCUUCGAUGUUUUGAGUGCGGGACAACAAGAGAAAGGGAGAAAACGAUGGGACGGGACAGAGUUCAAACACCAAGUGGGAAGGGAACAGCAUUUCCUCGAAUUUGACUGCAACCUUUUUUCAUUCGGUCGAGAAUCAAGCUCAUCGGUGAAUCCGCGAAACGGUCGUAUCGUUUCUUCGGAUACUGGAAACGAACGAGCGAUAUACGCGAGUAGACGUAAAUUCAUGCAACGGAUUUCUGCCUCGAAUUUUACUGCUUCUUCCGCUUCAACCGCAACUCCCUCUUCGUCCUUCUCCUCCUUCGCUUCGAACCGACGAGUUCUCUGUUCUUUCUCCACCUUCUCCUGCUCCUCGGCUCGUUCCUUUCCUCUUUCACUCGCGUUCGAGCGAGUCGUCGUUGACCGGCCUGGAAAGGGCUCUCGAUCUCCGCGAUCUGUAACAAUGGUCAAGAGCGCCGAGUCGUUAGUCACGAGGCCGAAGCACGAUGCCGAGGCAACACAAUAGAGCCCGCGACACGGUUUCGUAAUAAUCGCGAGUGGUGCGUGUUUCCCCUCAAUAUAUCGGUGAUUCCCGCGGUGCGUACACGUGUAAUAUCGCAGAGUGAACGUGUGUGUUGCGCGCCGCAGCAGUGACAUCGGUGAUCCGCCCAAAUAUAUAUAUUCGUGCGCCGUUUUUUUUUUUUUUCAUUCUCUUUCAUCGAGUGCUACGUCGUUUCUCACCACUGGAUUAUGUUUGCUCGACGAGAUUAGACGGUAUUUGAACAGAAGGCCUCUGUGCUAUUCGUGCUCGAAAACAUCGAACGAAACGCGAAAGUUCGAGACACACACGAAAGGCCCGAUCGGGGGUGAGAAUGCAGGCGAAAAGAUGAGAAAUGGCCUCGUCGUUGAGUGUCGGUGGAGCGGGUGUGGUGACCGGGAUCGUCGGAGCCGCGGGGUGUCCGGCGGCGGUGCCUCGACUUCCGAGCCUCGAGUUUCCACCGCCACCGCCGUAUCCGCCGCCUCGAGCUUCCCAAAUUUCCAUGGAAAAUUCGAGUCUGGUAAACGGCUCGAUGAUGCAGCACGAGAGUCAGGCGAGCCUGCAGCCGGCGACGAUCCAACGGGCCAUCCAGGAUUACUCGUACGCCUAUUACGAGCCUGGUCCGAGUCGGCUGCAUCCUCCGUAUCCGAUCGAGCCUGCCGAUCUCCUUCAUCAUCAUCAUCAUCAUCGUCAUCGUCACCUUCAUCUCCGUCAUCCUCAUUACUCCCCGUCAACGUCGCUCCAGAGGAAUCCGGCUCAGCAACAGCGUCAGGAUCCCACCGUCCCCCCCUCGAAGCGACACACUUACGUAACGAGAUACGGGACCGAGGAAAACAUCUACGAAGAAAUAUCGGAAAUCGGGAGACAAUGCCGUCGAGCGCUUCACGGGAGUCGUCGUUCCCUCGUUGCCGAGGAAGUCCGCCGAGUACAAUCGCGACAUCGACGUGUGCUCGGUGAAUUGAAUCUGAGCGUGGAAGCUAUGCUGAUGCCAACAGUGCCCGGGGACACCAAGGAGGAAGAGACCGGUGGGAAUCGGCGCGCUUCGACCGAGCAACUGUUGGCCUCGAUCAGUCCCACCGAUCAACUUUUAUCGCCUCUUAGCUGCGAUCUUGACAGCGGCUUCAGCGGCAGUUCUACCGCGAGUUACAGAUCGGGCCUCGGUUCGCUCCGUCGUGGACUUGGGAGAAGCGUCAACGGACCGCCGCCGCCACCACCGCCGACAACCAAAUUGAGCGUGUCUAAUGGCCAACGAAAGACGAAGGCUGCUAUGAUCUGGAAAAAGGGCUGGAAAGGAUGGAAAAAACUUCACGCUUUCGGCAACAGCGCCGCCGCCGCCGCCACCACCACCACCAAGCAUUUGAGCGAUGAGCCGCGGUCAAGGUGCCGUUCCUGGGAUGACGUAGGACCACCGCAAGCAACGAGAAUGGAGGCUGCGAGCAAACAACAUCCGAUCCUCGAGAGCACGAGAUCCAACGCUUCGGCCCAGUCCGCCAGGAGCGAAGAUUCGUGGUGUUCGGCCUCCGAUCACGAUCUGUCCUCGGACGAUGAGAGCGAAAAGAGCAACGUCAGUGUCAAGAGCAAUUGUCAGUUGAGAAACACGCUGCACAAGGCGAGAACUCUGUGCGACAAGUGGAGAUCGCAAAACAUGAGACUGGGCAAUUCGGAAAGUCUGGAUUCCCCCGUGGGAGGACAGGGUCGUCUGGCACGAUGGUUCAGCAUCCGACGAGGCUCGACUCAUCAAUACGACGUCGAUACGUCGGACACCGUGUCCCUGACGAGUCCGAUAAAGGCACCGCCGCCGCAGAUGCCUCAGUUGAGCGAGGUCGAAGAGGAGAACGGCGCGAUGGUUCAAUUUCGGUGUAUGCAACAACGGAGACAGGCACCACCGAGCCUUCCUCCUGCACCCCCGAAUCUGACGGCUCAACAGCUGAAAAGACGUCACAUCGUUGCCGCGAUUGUCCACUCGGAGAACAGCUACGUCGCGACCCUUCAGAGGCUCGUUAACGUUUAUAAAAAACCUCUGGAGGAAUCUUCCCCGCCGGUGCUCAGUCAGACGAAAAUCGCGACUCUCUUUCAUCGGCUGCCCGAGAUUCUUCAGUGUCACACCAUCUUCAGAAUAGCACUCGCCGAGUGCGUCAGAUCCUGGGACAAGGACGAAAAACUCGGAGAUGUCUUUGUCGCCAGUUUCAGCAAAGCCAUCGUACUCGACAUAUACAGCGGUUUUAUCAAUAAUUUUUCCGUCGCCAUGGAUCUUGCCAAGCAGGAAUCCAAGAGAAAAACUGCGCUUGCCGAUUUCUUCAAGGUGAAGCAAAUAAGUGCCCACGACAGGCUAUCAUUCUUCGGGCUGAUGGUGAAGCCGGUCCAGAGGUUUCCACAGUUUAUAUUGUUUCUACAAGAUCUCCUGAAACACACGCCUCAGGGACACCACGACAGGAUGUCGCUGCAGUUGGCGCUGACGCAGCUCGAGAGUCUCGCUGAAAUGUUGAACGAGAGGAAACGCGAAGCUGAACAGUUUCAAGCUUUCAAAGAGAUGCUCAGACACGUUUCCGGCAAGUUGGCACACCGACCGCUCUCUUCCUCCUCUCGUUACCUCAUAAGGGAGGAUAACGUAACGCAAUUGGAAUUCAAUCAGAGCGGUAUGAUGACGAAAUCAAAGAGAAGAAGACUGCUUUUACUCAACGACUUGGUCGUUUGCGUUUCCGUUGCACCAAGAUCCGUCGAAGACUUUUCCGGUAGCGAGAGACUGACCUUGAAAUGGACGUACCCGGUGUCCGACAUCGAGAUACAAGACACCAGCACAUCACCAACUUUGAGUCGCUUGCUAACUGCCGGAUUGAACAAGGGAGGAAGUCUGAAGUCUGAGAGAAGCGGCAGCGGCGGAAGUGGCGAGGGUGGCCAAGCGGGAGCGGACAGUCUUUGCGUGGAGAUGAACGACCUUAUGCACGAUUACGAAGUAAUGUCGAGGAUAAGCGAUCUGGUUGGCCAGUUGAAGGGAACUUAUGAGGGUAUGACACCGGAAAGGACGAAGCAAAUAUUACAGUCGAUACAAUCAUCGAUACAACAAAAAGACGAGGAUAUGGUGUGGGCGGACAGCUGCUGUUUGCAACUGUUGACGAAACAAGGCCAGAUGUACACUUUUCAAACGGAGAAUCCUCUGGUGAAGAAAGACUGGAUAACGGAAUUGAGACUGGCCCAAUUGGCGUUGGAUCCGAAUAAUUCUCCUUCGUGGGAAGUGCCGGAGCAAGAGCAGAGGCCAUCGACGAAGAUGCCGCUGUUCGUGAGUUCCCAACCGGUUUAUCGCUCGCAGUAUCAGUCAGAGGUUCGCUGCGGGUGUUAUUACACGACUCAAAAUCCCCGUCCCACUCGGAGACGAGGCAGAAAUCAGAGUUAUCUGUGGAUUUGCACGGGUGACGGAGUCUCGAGUCACGUGACGGUAUUCGGUCAAUCAACGACCGCAACGUCGACCUCGUUGAAGCAGAUAACUACGUUCGAUCUCGUUGAGACGAGGGUCGCCGCGGUAGAAUUUGUGAAAGGUUGUUUUUCGAGCAGCGACUCAACAGCGAAGCAGCGGCGACUUCUCUCAGCCGAUCUCGUUUGGAUGGGUACUGAUUCUCGAAAAAUAAUCAUUUACGCGGCUUCCGAGCCCGAGAAACAGGAAGAAUUGGGCAAUUAUGCAGUGCCCGGACCAGUCGUGCAGAUCAAGCACCAUUGCGACAAUGUUUUCGUCGCCUUGGGCACGGGCUCCGUUCUUAUGUUCAAACGACAAAUGGACGACGGGACGUGGCUUCUUCGCGAUCCAACAGUGAUAACCCUCGGAACGGAUCCGGUCGCGUCUCUCAUGCCGAUAAAUGCCUCCGUUUACGCGGCUUGCGGCAAAAAAGUAUGGGUACUUAAUGGAACGAGCGGUGAGAUCAGCAAGAGCUUCAGCGCACAGCACGAGCACGUGGGCAACGUCAAACUGAUGGCGCACUCGGGCGUAGGCCUCUGGGUUGCGUUGAAAAAUUCGAGUACCGUUUGCCUCUACCACACCGAGACCUUCAAGCAUCUCCAAGACAUAAACAUCGCUUCGAACGUACUUCGAGUGACAAAGUCGGGUGGCGGCGGCGGCGGCGGCGGGAGUGGCGGUGGUAGCGGAUCGAGUAAUUGUUGCGGAGACAAUUUGAACAACAAUCAAACGGCUGUGACUGUGACGGCGUUGAUGGCGUGCAAGGGACUCUUGUGGGUCGGUACGAACGUCGGAAUAAGUUUAACGAUACCUCUGCCGAGGCUCGAAGGCGUGCCGAUCAUAAGCGGACGCGUCAACAUCUCUUACCACGCGCAUUUCGGUCCUAUCACGUUUUUGCUCGCGAUCCAAAACAAUAAUACAAAGAGCGUUGCGACUACGCUCGCAAACGUUGCCAGCAGAGAAGACACGAUUGAGGAAGACGAAAAUAGCGUGUUGCAGCUACGGACGAAAGAGAGCGUGAGCGGUGUGGGAGGCACGGAACAACAAUUGAAUCAAAAAAACCGAGAUCGCGCCAGUCUCGAUUCCUCAUUUUCGUACAACGUCGGAAAACUCAAGCAGCAAUUGGCCGGUAGUCCGGUGAUGCUACGGCGCAAAAGGAGCAAAGAAAACGAUUACAGAGGUUCGAAAACGUUGCCUCGCGGCUUGGGCUGCGGAGGAGGAUUUCUGUCGACUUCCAUCACUAGUUCUCAGAGCUCCGGUGAAAAUUGCGACGUCUACGGACUCUACGGGGAACUCAUGUACGUCAAAGAUUACGAGAAUGAAAAUAGCUCCGGUAUAGAUCCGGUAUACGAGAGCCUCAGGAGGAGCGAUCCCGAAUUGGCCGCUAUACCCAACAAAGUCAGUACGCUUGAUCGUCGAUUAAAAAUGAAGAUAACGCGGCCGAGGUCGCUCGAUCUUUCAAACUGGUCGGUCGAUUCUCACGCCAGUUCUCUGUACACGUCCUCGGGAUCGGAGGAAAAUUUGUCCAUCAAAGCGGGAAAAUUAUCACGAAACAGCAGCAACGCCAGUCGCAGCGGACCCUACGACAAUCCCAUACUCGUGAACAAUCAUACCACUACCACGAGCAUUCCCGAGGCCACUGCGAAUAACUCGGGAGCUACCCUCAAGUUGAAACCUCCGAGUGUGAAAAAAAUUGGCAAAAGUACGAAUAUACAAGCCGAUCAACCCAAGAGGACGGUACUGACCCUCAUGGGUGGACGGGGUUACGUCAAUUGGAGACAGCAGAACGCUGCGACCGUUCCCGACAAAAGUCCAAAGUCUACGUAUAACUUUAAGGACCCUACCAAUAGCAACGACGCGCACAUUGUCCUUUGGGAAAUGAAAUUAUGAUCCCGUAACGGUUCCCUCGUCAAUACCGAUCCUGAAUAUUUUAUCUGGGAAAAUAAUCAAAACGUAUACUUGAAGUUUUUUCAAAUUCUACUGUAUCAAACCAAGAGCUUUCGCGUCGAUAUAUGUAUAUAUUAUUUAUCCCACUCGUAUCGUCUGUGAAUACGUAUGUAGAGGAGCCGUCUCUCUCUCUCUCUCUCUCUCGCUCUCCUUUUCCCUCCGGGUUCUGAAUAAGCGGCUCGAGAAUUCUUAGUGUUUGGUGCUCACGUACUAUAUUGAACUUUGUUUAUAAUGUAUAAACGACGCUCCUUAGGAAUCUCAUUUGGUAUUAUAUGUGUAUACAUACAUUCUGUUAUGUAUCUAGCCAUGUAUUAUAUUUUCGAAACAGUGCCUUUUUUAACCCCGAUAUAGAUCUGAGCUGCAGUGAGAGAACAGAAUGAGGGAAAAAACAGAGAAAUAGAGAGGGAGUGAGCUUUAAUCAAAGUUUGAUUUUUUUUACCCGUCGCCUAAUGUGACCGUUGUUAAGAAUCGCGAGAUACCUGUUAUCGGUUCGUACAAAAAAGGGUUGAUUCUCGUGAAAGACUGGGAAAAUCAAUUUGGUAAAAUUGGGAAUCACCAAAGAGAUCAGUAAUAAAGUUAAAAGAAUCGAACGAGACUUAAUAUUUCAUUUGGAAAAACAUUCGUACAGAUAAAUAGUAGUCCAAUAAAAAAAUCAAAAGACAAAUAAUUCAACGGACCUCCGAAAUUAUCGGCCUUUUUCACCUUACGGAUAAAUAUAGGUUUUUUGCAACAUCGUCGUAUCUUUUUGAUGUAUUUCAUACCGAGAAUUGUUGUUCUGUCAGUGUCCCUUUAUCCGAGAAGAAAUAGCAAAUCUGUUCGAUAUUAAUCAUUCCUUUACUUGAUCCAAAAGCUCGAUAAUGCGAUGCGACUUGUGUACAUGAUUUUUUUUUGUUUUUACGGCCGUUCCUCGAGUAAGUAAAUUAGACCGAUAUAAAUAUAGAUAGAUGUAACCUUUGAAAUGUUAAAAUAUUUGGAUGGAAGCAUCCAAUAGAGCCAUGUUAGAAAUAGAUAAAAUCGUUAUGAAAUGUUUCUGCGUUUUACAUUUUACAAUUGUUGAAACUAUUUGAUUAAAAACCCUUCUCACGUAUGAGAGCUGAAAAUUACAAAAAAAAAAAAAGAAAUCAAAAUUAAAUCUAUACGCUCGUCGGCGUAGAGAUUGAUUUUUAUUCGAUACGUAAAUGAUUGUGUUGCGGCAACGGGAAUUGAUCUCUAUCAAAAAUGAAAAUGCGAGCUAGUGGCAGUUAUGUACAUAGUAAUAUCCCUCCGAAAAAAUGGACAACGUUCUCGAAGAGCAAUAUUCUCUUCUUGGCGAGAAAAAUACUGUAUUUUCAUCGCAAAAUCUUCGUUACGAUUACUGAGAGUGCGUUAAUAGGCAGGGUGUCAACUCGACCCAGAGCUACUCUCUACUGUGUCAACUGUGCCGCGCAACUCGCUAUUGUUUAACUCUCCAAGCGUAGCAACCCUGUGCAAAGUGCCCAACCGUGUUAACAGCACCUAGCUGUAUCUGGACUAUCGACGAUAGUUGUUACAAAAAUGUUACAACAAAGUUUGCUGAUGCUGCGAUACUCGUUAAGCUGUUUAAUUUCUUCCUCUUUUCCAUCGUCACCUUCGUCAUCCGAUAAUCGGGCUCGGCGUUCUUUGUUUCUUGUGCGCUUGUUCGUGGUCGUUUCAUUGUUACUAGAGAUAUAAUACACAAGUUUUUGUUUCGAUGGUUCCGAUGGAGAUGGUUUUCUUGGAUUUUCCGACCGUUUAGUUGCACCUUUAAAGCCUCUGUAGUACAUGUUCACAACUUUUGAUCGGCCAGGAGGAUUUGGAAUUUUAUCCUUUGCUUUCCUGUGCUCGGCGAGUAUCUGAGCAUCAGCAGCAAACUUCCUUGUAACAUUUUUCUUAAACGAGUGAGUUCUUGUUUCAAUACAAUUCGAAUCGCUCAUGGCUAACAACUGCUGAGACGCUGCGACUGUAUCACCAGGACUUGUUUCCAAUUUUACUGACAUCUUUGUAUCGGUACUAUCGUCGAUAGUCCAGAUACAAAACUCCAGAUACAGCUAGGUGCUGUUGAUACGGUUGGGCACUUUGCACAGGGUACAGUUGCUACGCUUGAAGAGUUAAACAAUAGCGAGUUGCGCGGCACAGUUGACACAGCAGAGAGUAGCUUCUGGGUCGAGCUGACACCCUGCCGCGUUAAUAUUUCGUUCUCUUUUUUUUGUAUUUAUAGAAACGAUGAGUAGCGUGUAAUCGAAAAACACGAGAAUACGAAUAUUUAUUAUUUAAAGAUUAUUCAUUGAGUUCUUUUUGUACUCCUUCUGGAAAUGUCAUUGCAAAAAAGAUAUUUUUCGAGCUGCAUUUGUUGGAUCGAAAAAAGGUCAGAAUGAAAGGAAUUUGGCGCAAGGAUUCGAUUCGACACCCAGGCAAUCAUUCAAACUCUAGUUUCUCAAAACGAAAUUUUAUUUCAUGAAAAACAAGAAAAAACUUCUUACUCUCCAACAUCUGCUGUACAUCUGCUGUUUGAUUCUACGGAAUAAACGCCUCAUUUUCCCGUUUUCGCUCCAUCUAUAGCAAAUAAUGAUACUCUGUCAAAUUUGUAAAACUGUUAUUAAAUCGAUUAAAUAUUUAGCAUUGCCAACCUGAUUACAAAAACGA